CCGCGGCGCACUUGUCUCGUGCAAUUCCGAAUAAUAACAGCUGAUAACUCCAUUCCGCGACACGGAUUAUUAAAUUCGUUUAUAAAUAAUAAUUUAAAGAAUUAAAUAAAUGUUAGAACUUGUUGAACUUGAGAUAGUGUUUAUACUCAAACGUUUGAGACAGUAAACAUUGAUUUUUACGGCACUUCCACGGUAUUUUCAAGUGGUUUCCAUUACGAAUGAUGGGAAGGCACGAAUGGGGUAGAAUAUGCAUGAUAAAGAGCUGAGAUUCUCUUAAAUUUAAUUUUUCAAGUUUCCAAAAGUAUUUAAGAUGUUGUCAGAAGUCGACGUUUUUAUUAGUAAUUACACAUUAGUGGAUCCUGAAGUGUAUCAGCUUUGGGUCGAUGGCCACACUUCAAGUGAUGCUGUUGGGGUUCUACAUCAACGAGGCAUUUGUCAACAGACGAAUGCUCCCAUAGAACUAGUGGCCUCUGAUGUACUUGAUCACUAUCGUACGUACUCCCUUCUGGAGAGAUUACUUCACUCACCACCGAAAUUGGCUAGUGAACAAUUGGCCUUUCAGAUCGAACCUCAAACUAGUCAAAUGUUGAUAGAAAUGUACUACGAAUUCGAUGACUCGGUAAUUCGUGAACUCCUGGGCAAAAAGUUGACGUCAAAGAGUCGAAAAGACAUGGAUGAAGUGGCUGAGAAGACUGGAAUCAUGUUGAAGAGCUGCAGACGACAAUACGAUAAUGUCAAAAGAGUUUUUAAAACUGUCGAAGAUUUACCUGGAUCCCUAGUCGCAAAUAUAAAACAAAAUUUUUUAUUGCCAGAUGAUUUAGCAAGACGUUACGCAGCAGUAGUUUUCAUAGCGUGCUUGCGCUUUGAGAUGAGCAAAAGAAAACUGCAAUUCCUGACAUUCCCUGAUCUCUACCACUGUGCAAAUGCCAUGAUGGCCUCAUGGACAUAUCGAUUAACAGGCUCCGAGUACUUUGACACCGAUUUGGACAGAGAAUUCCUCCAGGAGUUGGCUGAAUGUCGAAUCCUUCUGGAGAACGAUAAACAUCACAAACAUCUCGUUUGCAUAAAAUUGAAACCAACUCUCCUUGAGAGAUCUUAUCAGGAGUUGGAUUUGAAUUUUCGAUCUUACUCACGAGCUCUACUGGGCAUUGCCUGCAGUCUUCACAGAUCCAGAGAACUGAGAUUUUUAUUCCUAGAGUUAGUGGAGAGGUGUAUUGAACCUUGGAAACAAGUCAACUGGUCGCAUACAGAUUUGAGAAAUUUUUUAAGCGCAUAUACUCAAUGUGCACUCGAUCUGGAUGUCUUGAGAGACGGAACCUUGCGUGAUGCAUUCGAGCGUUACAUGAAAGUAAUAACGAGCUGUCUGCUGAGAAUGUACCAUACGUGACGACUGACAAACGUCUACUCAGACGUAAUAAUUGUUGAAAAUACCCCAGAGGAGGAGAGUCGAUAAAUCAUAUAUUACAAUUUAUUUAUCCUUGUUAAAUCGUUCUUUCCUUCUCUCUUUUGCGUAAUAAAUAAUCAAUAAUAACAUGUGUGGCAAAGUGCGCAAUCUUCAGUGCCAUUUACAAUAUAUUCACAUAACUACAUAUCAUUACACCGGCACACUGAUCAUUGUAAUUUCCUCGCUCCCUUCCUCCAGCAGACUAAUAAAAUCUGGCGAGAAAAAAAUAAAUGUUCUAUCCAAUGCUGCGAUUUCAAAUCAAUAAUUAGAUAGUAUUGUAGCAGUGUCAUCAAAAGAAAUGUGAAAGAUUGUCUAACAACAGAAGUAAUCUACGGUUUCAGAUAGAGAAGGUUUUGUCUUCGGUAAAUUUUUUCUCACAAAGAAAAAAUCAACAGAGUUAUGCUCGUGAUGAUCGAUCCAGAGGAUCAAUUGAGUUCUGAAGAAUUUUCGGUUCUUUUUCUUUUCAAUUAAUGUACCUAAUUCACUAUAAUUUGCUACUGAGAUACUCCUAGGAUUUUGUUCACUGCCAACACAAUGUCUUUCGUGUCUGGGAGAGCUAGGGCUUCUAACGAUUUUGCAUAUGGCAUGGGGAUAUCAGCACCAGUUACACGAAUCACGGGGGCGUCCAGAUGGUAGAAUGC